AUGGCUCUACUCCGAGAGCCGCUCUUGCUCACCUUUGUCUUCCUUGCAUGUUCUCCUGUCUCUGUGUCCACAAGCAGCAACAUCACCGACCAUGGCGCGCUCAUGUCGUUCAAGUCACACGUGAGCAUGGACGCGUGGGGAGCCCUGGUGCAAUGGGGCAACAUGUCUGUUCGCAUGUGCCAGUGGCCCGGUGUGACAUGCGGCUUGAAAGGAAGACGACUUGGCCGUGUGGUGGCGUUGAACCUCACCAGGCUCAACCUUGUUGGCACCAUCACCACGGCUUUGGGCAACCUAACCUACUUGAGGCAGCUCGACCUUUCGUCGAAUCACUUCCAUGGGAUCCUGCCACCAGAGCUUGGUAAUCUCCAUGACCUUGAGACUCUUGUACUUAGUCAAAACUCUAUCCAAGGAUAUAUUCCACCAUCACUUGCCAAUUGCAGUCGUCUUGUCAUCAUCGCUCUUGAUACUAAUAAGUUACAGGGUGAACUACCAAGCGAGUUCCGCUCACUGCAAAAUCUCAAGCAGCUCUACCUAGACGAAAAUAGUCUUACAGGAAAAAUCCCUUCUAGCAUUGGAAGCAUUGUGAGUCUGAAAGAGCUCGUCCUACAAUAUAACAACUUGACAGGAGAAAUCCCAAUAGAGAUAGGUAGCAUUGUCAAUCUCACCCGUUUAUCUCUAGGUGCCAAUCAAUUAUCUGGAACAAUCCCUGCUUCACUUGGAAACCUCUCGGCAUUGACCAUUCUUAGUCUUGCAUUAAAUCAACUAGAAGGAAGCAUUCCACCAAUGCAAGGCCUCUCGUCUCUUGGUGUUCUUGAGUUGGGAGCAAACAAGCUAGAAGGAACCAUCCGUCCUUGGUUAGGAAACCUUUCUUCGCUAGUAAUCAUAGAUCUCCAGGUUAACGGUUUCGUAGGUCAAAUUCCAGAAUCGCUAGGAAAUCUUGAGCUUCUUACAGUUCUUUCUCUCACGGACAACAAUCUUUCAGGUUCGAUACCCCAUUCCAUUGGAAACCUCCAUGCCCUCAUCAGUCUUUAUCUAAACAAUAACGAGCUACAAGGAUCAUUGCCCCGUUCGAUGUUCAACCUCUCUUCUCUUGAAGUUCUGGUUCUCGAUUACAACAACUUGACUGGUGUUUUCCCACCUGAUACGGGCAGCAAGCUAUCCAAACUCAAACGAUUUAUGAUAUCAGACAAUCAAUUUCAUGGCAACCUCCCGUCAUCCAUUUGCAAUGCUUCCAUGCUUCAAAAUAUUGAAAUAGUGAGCACCUUCAUGUCUGGAACAAUUCCACAGUGCUUGGGAAUUCACCAAAUGAACCUGUCCGUAGUGUUGCUAGCAAAAAGUGAGUUUGAAGCAACAAAUGAUGCUGAUUGGGGCUUCAUGUCUAGUCUAACCAAUUGUAGCAAUAUGAGAAAAAUAUCUUUGGAUUCCAACAAACUCAAAGGCGUGCUACCAAAAUCAAUUGCUAAUUUGUCGAUAGGAAUGGAAUUGUUUAGCAUAGAAGACAAUAAGAUAACUGGAACAAUACCGGGAGGAAUAGGGAACCUUGUCAACCUAAAGACACUUGAUAUGGAUAAAAAUAUUCUUCUAGGCGCCAUUCCAUCAUCUCUCGGCAAACUCAAGAAGUUGGAAAGAUUAUCUAUACCAAAAAACACUUUGUCAGGUCCCAUCCCUGUUGCCCUAGGCAACCUAACUCAACUUACUAAACUUCUUCUUAGUGUUAAUGACUUUAGUGGACCUAUACCUUCAAGUCUCAAAAACUGCCCUUUAGAAGUUUUGGAUCUCUCUCACAACAGCCUUUCCGGAUCAAUACCUAAAGAACUAUUUUUCAUAUCAACGUUGUCAUUUUCCAUGAAUGUUGCAUAUAAUUCCUUAUCAGGGACGUUGCCAUCAGAAGUGGGCAACCUAAAAAAUCUCAAUGAGAUUGACUUUUCUAAUAAUAUGAUUUCUAGUGAGAUUCCAAACUCUAUCAGUGAAUGUCAAAGUCUGGUAUAUCUCAAUUUAUCUAGAAACAUCCUUCAAGGGACAAUUCCAGUAUCACUAGGAACUCUAAGGGGCCUCUUCACACUUGAUCUUUCCUACAAUAAUUUAUCUGGGGCCAUACCUGAGACCCUUGCCAGAUUAACGGGUAUUUCAUCAUUGAAUCUCUCGUUCAACAAACUCCAUGGUGGAGUUCCAACAGAUGGGGUAUUUGAGAAUGCAACUAUAAUCUUAAUCACUGGGAAUGAUGGCCUAUGUGGUGGUAUCCGUCAACUGAAAUUACCACCCUGCUUGAACCACACCACCAGCAAAACACAUCAGAAACUUGCCAUGAAAGUCUCCAUAUGCAGUGCAUGUGUUUUUGUCACACUAGUAUUUGUACUAUACGUACUCCAUCAAAAGAGCCAGAAGACAAAAGCAAUAAACAUACAAAGGUCCACCUUGAGUGAACAAUACGUGAGGAUUUCCUUUCCUGAAUUGGCCGAUGCAACAAAUGGUUUUGCAUCUGAAAACCUCAUUGGAGCAGGGAGCUUUGGAUCAGUCUACAAAGGUAGAAUGAGAGUAAAUGGUCAGGAUGCAGUUGUCGCAGUUAAGGUUUUCAACCUCUUGCAACGUGGUGCAUCUCAAAGUUUUCUUGCAGAAUGCAACACUUUGAGAUGUGCUCGACACCGAAAUCUUGUAAAGAUAUUAACCGUCUGCUCAAGUAUUGAUUUUCAAGGCCAUGACUUCAAGGCCCUUAUCUAUGAGUUUCUACCAAAUGGAAAUUUGGACCAAUGGGUACACCAACAUAUCAUGGAAGAAUAUGGUGAACAGAAGUCACUAGAACUGAUUGCAAGGCUACACAUCGCAAUUGAUGUGGCAUCCUCGCUUGAUUAUCUACACAAACAUACACCAGUGCCAAUUGUUCACUGUGAUCUUAAGCCAAGCAAUGUUCUCUUGGAUUGUGACAUGGUUGCUCACGUUGGUGAUUUUGGGCUAGCACGGUUCUUGCAUGAAGACAAAGAUGAAUCAAGUGGCUGGACAUCAAUGAGAGGAUCAGUUGGUUAUGCAGCUCCAGAGUAUGGACUUGGCAAUGAAGUCUCCACUCAUGGUGAUGUAUACAGCUUCGGCAUACUACUGCUGGAGAUGAUGACUGGAAAAAGACCAACAGACAAUGAAUUUGGAGGAGCCAUCGGGCUUCGAAACUAUGUUCAAAUGGCACUACUAGACAAAGUCAGUGUUAUUGUAGAUCAACAGCUACUAAUAGACACAAAAGAUGAUGAACCAAUCAGCUCAAACUCCAGCACUAUGAGAAACGUGAGAAUUGCCUGCAUCACUUCAAUUCUGCAGGUUGGGAUUUGCUGUUCAGAGGAGGUGCCAACAGAUCGCCCGUCAAUCGGAGAUGCUCUGAAAGAGUUGCAAGCAAUUAGAGACAAGUUUUAG